GCCGCACCUGGGGCCGCUCGGUGGCGUGGUGGCGAGCGGGAGAAGAGGCAGGGCGGACGAGUCGGUUUUUGUGGUGGGACGUCACGGGCUCGCCUUCCGACCAGUCCCCUGCAGGGACUUCACCAGCUGACAGGCGGAGUGGCCUGGCGCUCCAGAAAGGGUCGCUUCUAACAGUCUUGCUGUCAUUCCGCCCUCUGCCCUAGGGACUCCCGCGGAGAAGAGCACCAUGUCCCAGCGCCACAGGCUGGCAUCGCUUCCCUGCAGUGGCUGAGACCCUGAGAUGUUCAGAGGGGUUUUGUCUCCCAGACCCACACAGCCUGCGUUUCCGCUUAUCUCUGCCCUCCCGAGAAUAGGCCAAAAUGCCCAAGAUAACCCUGAAUGGUGUGACAGUGGAUUUCCCUUUCCAGCCAUACAAAUGCCAAGAAGAGUACAUGACCAAGGUGUUGGAGUGUCUGCAGAAGAAAGUGAACGGCAUCCUGGAGAGCCCCACGGGCACAGGGAAGACCCUUUGCCUCCUCUGCACCACACUGGCCUGGCGGGAGCACCUCCGGGAUACCAUCUCUGCCCACAAGAUUGCCGAGAGGGCGCAAGGGGAGCUCUUCCCCCAUCGCGCCUUGUCCUGGGGGGACGCCACCUUGGACGGAGACAACAUAGCAUGCUACACAGACAUCCCAAAGAUCAUUUAUGCCUCCAGGACCCACUCACAGCUCACGCAGGUCAUCAGCGAGCUUCGGAGCACCUCCUACCGGCCCAGAGUAUGUGUGCUGGGCUCCCGGGAGCAGCUGUGCAUCCACCCUGAGGUGAAGAGGCAGGAGAGCAACCACAUGCAGGUGCACUUGUGCCGUAGGAAGGUGUCGAGCCGCUCCUGCCACUUCUACAACAAUGUCGAAGAGAAGAGCCUGGAGCAGGAGCUGGCCACCCCCAUCCUGGACAUCGAGGACCUGGUCAAGAGUGGACAGAGACACAAGCUGUGCCCGUACUACCUCUCCCGGAGCCUGGCGCAGCAGGCCGACAUCAUCUUCAUGCCGUACAACUACUUGCUGGACGCUAAGAGUCGCCGGGCACACGGCAUCGACCUGAAGGGGACGGUCGUGAUCUUUGACGAAGCUCACAACGUGGAGAAGAUGUGCGAGGAGGCCGCGUCAUUUGACCUGACGCCCCAUGACUUGGCCUCGGGACUGGACGUCAUAGACCAGGUGUUGGAGGAGCAGACCCGGGUGGCGCAGCAGGGCGAGCUGCACCUGGAGCUUGGCGCCAGCUCCACCAUCGCAGGGCUGAACAUGGAGCUGGAAGACUUGGCAAAGCUGAAGAUGAUCCUGCUGCGCCUGGAGGGGGCCAUUGAUGCUGUGGAGCUGCCUGGAGGCGACAGCGGCGUCACCAAGCCAGGGAGUUACAUCUUUGAGCUGUUUGCGGAAGCCCAGAUAACGUUUCAGUCCAAGGGCUGCAUCCUGGACUUCCUGGAUCAGAUCAUCCAGCACCUGGCAGGACGUGCAGGGCUGUUCACCAACACGGCAGGAUUGCAGAAGCUCGCGGACAUCAUCCAGAGCGUGUUUAGCGUGGACCCUGCUGAAGGCGGCCCUGGUUCCAUGGUGGGGCCUGGGGCCUCUCAGUCCUACAAGGUGCACAUUCACCCAGAUGUUGGUCACCGGAGGGUAGCCCAGCGGUCAGAUGCCUGGAACAUCACAGCGGCCAGAAAGCAAGGGAAGGUGUUGAGCUACUGGUGCUUCAGCCCCGGCCACAGCGUGCGUGAGCUGGUCCGCCAGGGCGUGCGCAGCCUCAUCCUCACCAGCGGCACACUGGCCCCUGUGUCCUCCUUCGCCCUGGAGAUGCAGAUUCCUUUCCCCGUCUGCCUGGAGAACCCCCACGUCAUCGACAAGCACCAGAUCUGGGUGGGGAUCGUCCCCAAAGGCCCUGAUGGAGCCCAGCUGAGCUCUGCCUUUGACAAACGGUUCUCUGAGGAGUGCUUGUCCUCCCUGGGGAAGGCGCUGGGCAACAUCGCACGCGUGGUCCCCCACGGGCUCCUCGUCUUCUUCCCUUCCUACCCUGUCAUGGAGAAAAGCCUGGAGUUCUGGCGGGCCCGCGACUUCGCCAGGAAGCUGGAGGUCCUGAAGCCCCUGUUCGUGGAGCCCAGGAGCAAAGGAGGCUUCUCGGAGGUCAUGGAUGCUUACUAUGCAAGAGUGGCUGCCCCUGGGUCCAGCGGGGCUACCUUCCUGGCCGUGUGCCGGGGGAAGGCCAGUGAGGGACUGGACUUCGCAGACGUGAAUGGCCGGGGAGUGAUCAUCACAGGCCUCCCGUACCCCCCACGCAUGGACCCCCGGGUUGUUCUCAAGAUGCAGUUCCUGGAUGAGAUGAAGGGCCAGGGUGGGGCCGUGGGCCAGUUCCUCUCCGGGCACGACUGGUACCGGCAGCAGGCAUCCAGGGCCGUGAACCAGGCCAUCGGGCGGGUCAUCCGGCAUCGCCACGACUACGGGGCCGUCUUCCUCUGUGACCACAGGUUCACCUGUGCAGACACCAGAGCCCAGCUUCCCUCCUGGGUGCGCCCCCACGUCAAGGUGUACAACAGCUUUGGCCACGUCAUCCGAGACGUGGCCCAGUUCUUCCGCGUGGCUCAGAAAACCAUGCCGGUGCCCACUGUUCUGGCUGCUGCCCCGAGUCUGGGCGAAGAAGGUACCAUCUCAGCGGCCGUGUCGCCCAGCUCCCUCCCCACCAGGAAAGCCAUGAGUCUGGAUGUGCAUGUGCCUAGCCUGAGGCAAAGAAGCACGGGGUCCCCAGUCGCCGAGGAUGCGGAGGGCAGCCUGUGUGUGGAGUAUGAGCAGAGGCCUGUCCAGGCCCAGCGGCGGGCCCGGGGGCUGCUGGCUGCCCUGGAACACAGCGAGCAGCUGGCCAAGGGGCCUGGGGAUGAGGCCCUCUCCGGGGAGGAGGCACCCCUCCACUCCACCUUGUCAGUCCUGCGUGAGAAGAGACCAGCCGAUGAACAGAGAGGCAGGAGGAGGAAGGUCAGGCUGGUCGGUGCCCCGGAGGUGCCGGCAGCCGGGACGGAGGUGGGCAGAGCCAAGCUGUUUAUGGUGGCUGUGAAGCGGGCACUGAGCCAGGCCAGCUUCGACGCCUUCACCCGGGCUCUUUAUCAGUUCGUGCGGCCCCAUCACAAGCGGCAGUUCGAGGAGGUCUGCCUCCAGCUGACGGGCCAAGGCUGCAGCUACCCGCCCGAGCGCGGCCUUCCCCGGAGACUGGGGGCCCAGCUGGCCCUGGGCCCCAGCGGAAGGAGGGAGCCUGACCCCAAGCUGACCCUGUCCCGGGAUGCAGCUGGGCAGCUGGACCCCAGCGAGCACCUGAACCAGGGCCGGCCCCACCUGGCUUCCAAGCCGCCCUCUACAGGAGACCCCGGCAGCCGUCCACAGGAUGGGUCUGGAGCCUCUGGAACAAAGCAGCAGAGCCCGCCUGCCGUGAGCGCCUACCUGGCUGACGCCCGCAGGGCCCUGGGGGCCACGGGCCACAGCCAGCUCCUGGCAGCGCUGACUGCCUACAAGCGGGACGACGACUUCGAGCAGGCGGCAGCUGUGGUGGCCGCCCUCACCACUGCGAAGACUGAGGACCUGCCCCUGCUGCAUGGGUUCGGCAUGUUUGUGCGUCCGCAUCACAAGCCGCGCUUCCGGCAGAUGUGUGCAGACCUUAGCGGCCUGCCUGCCCUGGGCACCGGCACUGAGACCCUAGGACCCCAGGAUGGGAGCCCUGCCGUGCCUCCUGACCUCGCCCAUGGGGCUCCCAGUCCAGGCCCCUCGCAGCCAGAGAGACCGGGGAAGACCCAGAGCAAGAUUUCCUCCUUCCUUAGACAGAGGCCGGUGGGGGAUGUGGGGGCUCCCAGCCAGCCCCCCAGUCCCCACCACGGGCAGCCACAGUCUGAAUGGGCGGGCUUGGCGUGUCCGGGCUGCAGGGUGGAGGACGUGGUCCCCUUCCAGUGCUCCUCCUGCGACUUCCACUGCUGCCGGGCCUGCUGGCGACGGCACCUCCAGGUCUCUAGGACGUGCCCAGCCUGCCACACUGCCACCAGAAAGCAGAGCCUCAAGCAGAUCUUCUGGCUGGAGCCCCAGUGAACGUGGAGACCCUCUGGGCGCAGCAGGGUCUGCAGAAGCUGCGGCUACCCCUGCCUUGGGCACAGCUUGGAUACUUGCCUGUUGGCUAGGGGUGGGCCAGGCUUGACAGCACAAACCCCUUGGCCAAGAGCCCACCUGACAGGCCAGUCCAGUGUCUGUGGGGACCCCAGAGACGGCCCCAGCCAGGGUCUGGGCCCCGGGUGAGAAGCCUUGAAGCCACCUUGCGUUCUGGGGAGGGUCCACUAGAAGGUGCUUCCUCAGAACCUCCCAGGCUGCCCCGCUGGCUUGUGGGUGGAGCCCCAGGAGCUUUGCUGCUGAGCUAAAGAGGAGGAAGGAGGGGAGCCCUGCCCCUCCUCUUUGGGGGACCUUCUAGGGACCUGCUGUUAGUCAGGGGCAGGGCUAAUAAAGCUGCUGGCACUACUGGGA